AUGAACUCGUUCUACUACGACAGCGUCGUCGACGCCUUCAAGAAGCCCGAGGUUGGCAUCCCUCCCAUCCCGCCUCACCUCGAACACCCCAUCGUCUCGACUCAAUGGGGCCACACCUACCUCUGGAUCGUCUUCUUCAUCAUGGCCGGCUUCUCGGUUCUCUUCUUUAUCUCGUCCCAGCGCGCUUCCUACCGAUACCGUCUCAUGCACACCACCACCUUCUUUAUCACCGCCAUUGCCGCCAUCUCGUACUUUGCCAUGGCUACUGGUGUCGGCAAGACCUUGACCACCAUUGGUGAAGGCCACGGUGCUCCUCGCGAGUUCUACUUUGCUCGAUACAUCGACUGGGCCCUCACCACGCCUCUGCUUCUCUUCGACCUUACCCUGCUCGCCGGCCUCCCCGUGGCCGAGACCAUCGUGCUCGUGCUUGCCGACGAAAUCAUGAUUGUCACGGGUGUCGUCGCCGGCGUCCACCCGACCAAGACGGGCAAAUGGGGCUUCUUCACCAUCUCGUGCGUCGCCUUUGCCUGGGUGCUGCUGCAGCUCGUCACCUCGGGUCGCUCCACCGCCUUCCUGCGCAGCCCCAAGGUCGGCGGUCUGUACAACCAGAUCUCGCUCGCGCUCGUCGUGGUCUGGACGCUCUACCCCGUCGCCUUUGCGCUCUGCGAGGGCACGGGCAAGCUCAGCCCGGACAAGGAGAUCCUGUUCUUUGCGGUUCUCGAUGUGGUUGCCAAGCCGCUGUGGGGCGCUUGGCUGCUUAUUGCUACGCCGGAUGAGGGUCAUGUGCUGGUGCCCGAGUCGCUGUGUGCUCCCGCUGGAUCGCCGGCCAGCGGUGGCUAUGGCGCCAUCUCGCAGGAGCCUCGUGCUGAGGACGCCUGA